UAUUGAUAGCGCCAUCUUUAGGAUGCAAACGAAGAGAGCCACGUCAUAUAUCGCCGCAUAGAGGUGGUUCGUUCGAAUGGUUUUUUGCAUUAAAUUCGGGCCAAAAUGAACAUUUUUCGACUAACGGGCGAUUUGUCGCAUCUCUUAGCCAUAAUAAUAUUGCUCAGGAAAAUAUGGAAGUCGAGGUCGUGCGCUGGAAUAUCUGGAAAAUCCCAACUACUUUUUGCAAUUGUGUAUACGACGAGAUACUUGGAUUUAUUAACGACGUACGUUUCGUUGUAUAACACUUUAAUGAAACUCGUCUUUAUUGCGGCAUCUUAUGCGACGUGUUACUUUAUUUACAUGAAAUUUAAAGCUACCUACGACCACAAUCAUGAUACAUUCAGAAUUGAGUUUCUCCUCAUCCCAGCCGUUAUCUUAGCGUUGUUGAUUAAUCAUGAUUUUACGGUUUUGGAGGUUUUAUGGACUUUCAGUAUUUAUUUAGAAUCGGUGGCUAUUCUUCCGCAACUUUUUAUGGUUAGUAAAACGGGCGAAGCUGAAAGUAUCACCUCGCAUUAUUUGUUUGCGUUGGGUUCUUAUCGCGGUUUGUACAUUCUUAAUUGGAUUUAUCGUUACUUCAUGGAGGAUCAUUACGAUUUGAUUGCGAUUGUUGCCGGGGUGGUUCAAACCGUUUUGUAUUGCGAUUUCUUUUAUUUAUACAUUACGAAAGUGCUACGUGGGAAGAAAUUGCAGUUACCUGCUUAAAUCGUUUAAAUGUACAAAGCAUAAUUGGUUUCUUUUUCAUUUCUAAGGACUUUUUAAGAAGUUUUUUUUUGUAACUGUUGUUUAUCUUCUGUUCGAUUGUAAUAAUUAAUAAAUUUUUAAUUAAAUAAGAUCUUUCAAUAA